GCGUGUCUCUUAUCUGAAGCUUGUUGAGCUGAGGCAACGACCGUCGCCUCCCGCAAUACCAGCUUGACAAAAUGGCCGUCCUGACAGUGUUACUGGCUGUGGUUGCAGUUCUAGUUUGUCUCCUCCUACUUGGAUACAUCUAUGCGACCUGGACUCACGGCAUGUUCAGGCAGAUGGGGAUCCCGGCACCAGAGCCAGGCUUGCUGGGCAUCGUGGGCCGCUAUAAGAAAGAGGGAAUCGGCGGCUGUGAUCAACGCCUCGUCAAGGAAUAUGGCCGGGUUGUGGGCGUGUUUCACGGCAGAAUCCCAUCCCUCAUCAUCUCGGACCCCGCCAUGAUAAAACAGAUUUGUGUAAAGGACUUCUCCAACUUUGUAAACAGAUCGACGUUCGGCCCUGUGCCCAAGAUUGUGAUGGACUGUAUCGCUGAGAUCUACGACGAACACUGGAAGUUCAUGCGCUGUGUCCUCAGUCCAACAUUCCGUACAUCUAAACUCAAACAGAUGAUGGAGCUGGUUGAGAGAUGUUCCGACCUGCUGGUCAAGAACGUGGAUAAACAAGGAAAGGAGAAGAAAAGCGUCGAUAUGAAACAUGUGAUGGGAUGUUACACCAUGGACGUCAUCGCCCACACCGGCUUCAGCAUCGACCUCGACAGCCAGUCCGACCCAGACAACGUCUUCGUCACGUACUGCCGGAAGGCCUUUAAGCUCACCUUCCCAAUCAUAUUUCUGGUGACACUCCUCUUUCCCUUCACCAAGUCAAUUUUCGAGAAGAUUGACUUCCAAGUUUUGGAUUUCGACAAGGACAAGGCCAAGUUCCGCGCUGUGGUGAAACAGGUGAUCGAAGACAGGAAGAACAACCCAGACUCGCAGGGCUACGGCGAUAUUCUACAAACGAUGCUGGACACCAACAAGGAGGGGUCUGCAAGAGACCCGGAUGACGACUCCGAUGACGACACUGAAACAACAUUAGACUUCAAGUACUACAAGAAGCGAGGUCUGACGAACUACGAGAUAUUCUGCAACUCCCAUAUCUUUCUACUCGCCGGUUUCGAGACGACGUCCAAAGCCCUGACCUUCACGGCCUACAAUCUGGCUACGCACCCAGAGAUCCAGGAGAGGCUGUACCAGUCGAUAAUCAAGCAUAUAGGAAAUAACAAGCCUACGUACGCCGAGGUGACUAAACUUCAGUACCUGGAGAACGUGUUUAUGGAGACACUGAGGCUCUUCCCCCCGGCAACCAGGAACACUCGAGUUGCAGCGAAGAGCACCACCAUCAACGGGUACCACAUCCCCGCCGGCAUGCCCGUCAUCAUCCCCGUGUACGCAGUUCAACAUGAUCCGGAGUUCUGGGCCGACCCGGAAAAAUUCGACCCUGACAGGUUCCUCCCCGAGAACAAGCACGAGCUGCACGAGUAUAUGUGGAUGCCAUUUGGCGUCGGACCCCGGAACUGUCUGGGAAUGAGGCUGGCCUUGUUGGAGGCCAAGAUGGCGAUAGUGGCUUUGGUGCAGAACUUCCGGUUUGUGGUAACUCCGGAGACAAUAGCUCCUGAAAAACUACAAAACGGAGUUUUUAUUCGACCGGAGACUCAGGUGUUUGUCGGUGUUGAACGGCGCGAGUAGAUUCAGCCAGAAUCACAAGGCUGCUAACACUGAACGGCUAACCUGACAAGGGAAUGCGUUUUGACAGUGGAAGUAUUGUGAGACCCAUGGCGCAGUGUUCGAAUGCAAGAGGCUCCCCGCAGUGCGGUACAGCGAACGAGCUGCAGAAGAUCUGAACAGCUGGCUGACCUUGUGUUGGUUCAGACCCGCUUGAUAGGACGUCGAUAUACCAUCAAGUCAGAGAGACUCUGUGAAUAGCUGUCGAAAACGUUUCACGAUCACUCACCACGUAAUAGCCUACCUCCCCCCCCACCCCCCACACACACACCCUUUUGAAGGGUUCUAAUCAGGUUAAUCAGGUUAAAAGGUUAAUGGGGAGUGGAUUUUGCGAAGUUAGACCACAAAUAUUUAUUUGACUAAUGUUUGGCUUACAAACGCGAACUGUUUCCUUCCCGAAUACAGUAUUUGCAUUAUCGAUCAAUUUCUUUAUUUAAUUGUGCCCCACCUUUCG